CCAAGUUUGUAUACGAGGGCCAGUGGCCGACUUCUACACACGCUACCGCUAUUCUAUGGGGAAUUCAUUCACGUUGUGGGCCAACACGGGUUGCCCGACUUUCAACAAUGUCAUUCUGGGGGAGCUCCAGAAUACGGGGGCGGGGGAUACGACCAUAACUACAAUGAACGAGAGAAGGAUAAAAAAUGUAUAAAGUAAACGCAAUGCGCGUGCUUCCGUAGCUUGAUGCAAACAUCAGUUUUCGGUGCGGAUCAGUGGUUGAGUACAUUGUAGUCUGCAAAAAUGAAGUUCAACUGGUUUGGUAGAGGGCUUUCCCUCCGGAUCGCCAUCACGGUGGCCUGUGAGAUGGCCUUCAUAUUGUUUGGUUAUGAUCAAGGUGUCUUCUCUGGUAUCAUUGGCAAUGAAGAUUUCCUCAAACAUAUGAACUAUCCGGGAGAUGGUCUUAUGGGAAUCAUCGUCUCCAUCUACAAUCUUGGUUGCUUUUCUGGCUGCAUCAUCAAUUUCUUCAUUGGAGGCUACCUUGGCCGCCGUCGAGCCAUGUGGCUUGCUAUGGCCUGGAUCAUUAUUGGUGCCGUGCUUCAAACGACCGCUUACUCCCCUGCCCAUAUGAUGGUGGCUCGAUUCCUUACCGGCAUCGGCACGGGUAUUGAGACUUCAACCGUCCCCAUGUACCAAGCCGAGUUGUCUCGUCCUCACCAGCGUGGUCGUCUCGUGUGUUCCGAGGCCAUGUUUGUUGGCGUUGGUAUCGUCAUCGCGUACUUCUUCGAUUACGGUAUGGCAUACGCAGGUGGCCCAAUUGCCUGGAGGUUGCCAGUUGCAUGCCAGAUCGUCUUCGCGUUGGUUGUCGUUGUGCUCGUCUUCGGGCUCCCAGAAUCCCCACGUCAUUUAUACAACCUUGACCGCGGCGAGGAAGCCCUCCAGGUCCUGUGCGAUGUCUACGACAAAACCCCUGACGACGACGAAGUUCGACAGGAAUCGCAGGACAUUGUGGACGCGAUCGCUCUCGAGCAGAACGUCGAUAAGGGCUGGCUAUCCAUCUUCAAGAACGACGAGUUGCAGACUGGAAAGCGAGUUCUCCUUGCCUACGGCAUGAUGUUCAUGCAGCAAGUUAGCGGAAUCAACUUCAUCGUGUACUAUGUCCCUACGGCGUUGGAGCAUAACGUAGGACUCGACCGAAACUUGUCUAUGGUACUUGGUGGCUGCAUCCAAUGCAUGUUCUUCCUCGGCUCACUCAUUCCUUCAUUUGGCUCCGACCGACUCGGACGCCGCAUGCCCAUGAUUGUUGGAUCAGCCAUUCUCGGAUUCUUGAUGAUGAUCAUCUCCAUACUCCUAAGCUUCCAAGGUUCUUCUAUCGCGAAGCCCACGGCCUCUGCGUCCGUAGCAAUAUUCUUCAUUUGGAUGUUCGUCUUCGGCGCAACGGGAAACUGUAUCCCCUGGGUCUACGUCCCCGAAAUUCUCCCCCUCCGUGCCAGAGCAAAGGGAACCGCCCUCGGAAUCUCAUCCAACUGGCUUUGGAACUUCGUCGUUGUGAUGAUCACCCCAACAACCAUCAACAGCCUCCACUGGAAGACCUACCUCAUUUGGAUGUGCACAAACUUCUCCUUUGUGCCCCUCCUCUACUUCUUCUACCCCGAGACUAAGAACUUGACAUUGGAGGAGAUCGAUCUCUUGUACAGGACGCCAGGAAGGUCCGCGAGACACAUUGCUGAUGAGCUGAGGAGGGACAAGCUCAGGGACGGGGAGAAGGGUUUCGCUGAGAGGAAGGCAGAUCACAAGAGUGUAGAGGCGGUUGAGGAAGUUAUGGAGGUGGGCAAAUAGAGAAGAGACGAGGGGCUUGAUACUGGAUUGCAAGUAAUUUCAUCUUGCUUUCCAGUGUUGGGCCUAGUUGAUGGCAUUAGAUGAGAUUUGAGCAUCCGGUCACCAACCACAUUAGAUGGUGAACCUGCUUAUAGAAGUAGAUUAAAUGUCAGGGCAACCUGUAUCACAUUAAGAAGUGUCUGGAUAUUUUUGAAAGUAAUGUGAAGC